AGAAUGGAUUUUCCUUUCGAAUAUGUGGAACGAGCGAUCACUUAUCCAAGUUUUGAUAGGAAGACAGUUUGUAAAGCAGCUCUAAAUAAAAGAAAAAAGAAAACGGAUUUAAAAGGUCCAAAAUGUUUGGAAUCUGAGGAAGAUGAGUUGGAUGGUGAUUUGCCUGAAAUAGUUAUUGAUGAAAAGGAAAAAGCUUUGCUGAAAGAAAUUCAAAAAUUCGAAUUGGAAGUUAAAAAAGGAACAACAAAUAAAUAUUCAUCAUCAUCAGAGUUUUCUUCUUCAAAUUCGGAUGCUUGUGAUUCAGAUGGUGAAACUUCGGAUACUGAUGCUGUUGAAGCUAUGUUCAAAAAUGAAAAUGAUGCUACAGAUAUUGCCUGGAAACGAUUGAAAAUAAUGCGCCAAUGUUGUUGUUCGGGGUCGGAUUGUUUUUCGGACAAGGAUCUCGAUGCAGUAUCAGCGUCGUCGUCUUCCCAUCUUAUUUCCGAAGAGGAUGGCGAGGUCGGAGAGAAGAAGGAAUCUGAACAGCCAACGGAUAUGGUAGAGCCAUCAUCUGCACCAACUACUGAAGAGACAGAGACGGAGAAUGAAGAGGAAGAUGAUAAAGAGAAGACUGAUAAAGAGAAAUUAGACGCAGAGAAAGAGAAAGCAUUGGCUGAAAAACGUCUUGAAAGAGAGCAAAAACUUUAUAAAGAUUUGAAAUCUUCGUCUGAUGACACGUCAUCAUCUAUUGAUGAUAAAAUGAAUUUUGACGAUGAGAUUGAAUAUUUGGAAGAGAUGUUGGAUAACAUAGAGAAACAGAAAGACAGAAAAGGGUCGAAAGAUGAAACUGAAGACACUGAUGCUACGGGAGAUGAAGAGGAUAGCAUGUUUGAAGAAGUCAAGUCGGCGUCCAACAAGUCGGGAGCCGAAAAAUCGUCAGCCGAGCAAACAAGCAAUGCAGGCGUUGAGACAUCUUUCAGUCAAUCAUACUCUUCAACAACUGAUACAUCAUCUGCAAUGCUUGAUUCUGAAUCAAUUAUCAUUACGUCUUCGGAUCCAGAUGCAGACAAUGCAGAUCUUGAUCGAAAUAUUGAAAAGUUCAAUUGGGAUUCUGAUGAUCUCUAUAGGUCGACUGAUACCGAUUCAGAAGUCGAGAAUUUGCUGGAUUAUUUGAGCACAGCGAUGAACAUUUCUGAUAAAGUUUUCUCGGAGUUUAUGGUAGUUGGUGAAGAAACUACGCCAUUGUUGAAAGAGAAAUUGAAGACUUUCCAACUUCCUAUGCCGCGUUUUCUGAAAAAUACCAAAUACGAAAUGAUGGAAGAACUGGAUCCUGAUGGUCCCAUAAGUGAAGCUUUAGGCAAUAAUCCUGAAAGCAACUCAUCGACAUCCAAUCAAUUUUGGCUCGUUCAAAAUAUCAAAUCGGGUUGUAUGUGCUCUGCAAAGCUUGUCAGCCGAAAGAAUCCAGAACAUUUGCAAUUGCAAAAGAAUUUAGAUAAAGAACGCAAGAUUCUCUAUGAUUUGCUCCCAGAGCUCUCGAAUCCAUCGCAUAUUGCCCGUCUUGUUGAUAUUGGAUAUGAUGACGAUUUUAAAUUCCUAAUUUUCGAGGAUUUUGGAAUGGAUUUGCUGACGCUUUUUGAUGAGUUUGGAGCUGUUUUGAACCCUACCACAAUGUUUCUUAUCAGUUAUUUCACUUUCAAUGCAAUUAAAGAACUUCAUUCAUUCGAUAUUGUUCAUUUGGAUAUUCGACCAUCUUCAUUCAGUGUCAAUCAGCAUCCAUUCAAUAUUAAGAUCACUGAUUAUUCAAGAUGCAUGACGAGAAAACCAGAAAUGAAAGUUCCUGACGAUGCUCGACCCGAUUCGUUUUCUCCGAGAGUUUUCCACCAAAAAGAUGCACAAUUUGAUGAAUUUGUGGACUUUGAGGCAUGGGUUUACACGAUGCUAUUUCUGUGCACUGCCGAGAAGCUUCCAUGGUUCGGAGAUGCAGAGAAUAUGUUCAAACUGAAAGAAGUAUUUUUCAAUGAUCCAUUGAAUUAUCUCUAUGAUGGUUGUGCUGAUUUUGUUCCACUGGUUGCUUGUUUCAUAGCCAAUAAAAAGUUGACCUAUGAAACUUUCAUGGAGAAAAUGAAUCUGAUAUUUUCGGUGGAUGUUAUGCAAUAUUCUGACAAAGAACAACCAAGACUUUACACAAUGAAAGAACUCGAAGAAGUCAAGAAAACUAGAAGAGCUCCAGAUUUCUACACGAAUAAUGCGAUUGAUCUAGUAGAAGGUCAUUGGCAUGCAGCUGAUGAAUCGGAUCACGAUAAUUUGAAGGCAUCGGAUGAGGAGAAUGAACAGAAAAGUGCAGCAGCAAGAAAAUCAAAGAGUGAGAAGAAGAAGGAUUCUUGUGAGAGGUCAAGCGCUGAAACAUCUUCUUGCACCGAACAGACCUCUUCGCCAAUGUCAGAAGCUAGUUCAUCUGAUGGGAGAAAGAAACCGAAGAAGGCUGGGAAAUCAGCUGAGAGAAAGGAAAAAUCCGCAGAAAGGAAUCCGUCGAGUGAAAAGGAUGAUGAUGGUGCAACGGAGGCGAUGAUUGGUGUCGAAAGACGUUCAACUCCUUCCGAUGUUGUCAAGAAUAAAAAAGGUCGAGCGAAAGGUGAUCCGGAGAAACAGAAGCAGGAUAGAAAGGAGAACAAAACUGAAGAAGAGAAGAGUAAAUUAUCUGAACCACCGAAGCCGAAGCCGGGAAGAGGAAAAAAGGUCAGCCGCGGACUGAUCACCCGCGAGUUUUUGUUGGGAAUGAGACAUGAUUUUACUGGUACACAGUCGGCAAUGACAGGCUCAUAUGAUUCUACGUCUGCCACAUCGUUAUCCACGUGGACUUCGUCUACGUGUGCAACUGAUGAAGGAGAAGAGAAGAGGAAGUUCAAAUGGAGUCUGAAGUCUGAAGAGGAUUCUGAAGUUGAGUUUUUCGAAGACUUGGAUCAAGAGGAAAGAGAACAUUUUAGAAACUAUGAGAAUCUAGUUGCUCUUUCUGUUAAAGAUGAAGUGGCCCUCUCGUCUGGAUCUGAAGUCGAACCACUCUCUGAUAUUGAUUCUGAGGAGAAUCUGGCAAUUAUUAAAAGACUUGAGAAACGAGAGAUGGAAAUCGGUUGGGAAGUGUCAAGUGAGCGGGAGAAGACAACCGGCGAUAGAAGCCCAGAUGAUCAACUCGAUAAACUGGAAGCAUACGAGAAGAAGUGAAAAAAGGAGAAAGAUUAAAACUUCCAUCGGAACUUGAUCUAUUACUUGAAAUUGAAGAUUUGAAUAAACUGAACUUGUUUCUUAAAUU